AUGUGUCCCAUGAUCCAAAGAGGUGCAUCAGUAUGCGAUGCGCAAGUUCUUCUCAGCGCGCUCACACUUCGAGGUAUCGAGGCCGACUGGUGCGCCUAUAAAUCAGCUCCAGAUCGUGGGCAGAACGCAGGGUACACCCUGUCCUCCUCUCCGCACAUUCACUUUCAGGUCACACUCUCGCUAGUCAUGAAUGUGUCGGACCCUUCAGUAGUCUCCCCUGUUCUCGCAAUCCCAGGGGCUCUUCCGAGUCUUGGCGAUACGUUCGGCUCGUUGCUGAUCGCGACUUUCAUCAGCCUCGUCUUGUACGGGAUCGGGAUGCAUCAAACGUUUCGCUACUUCCAGGAGUAUCGCAAGGAUCGUCGCAUACUCCAGAUGUUCGUUGGACUCUUGAUUUCACCCCAAAACAGCGUGGCCGAUACCUUCCACACGUUGAUUUGCUGUCAUGUUUGCUAUUAUUAUCUUGUGGUGGACUACUUCAACCCGCUUGAUCUACAAAAAGGAAUCUGGUCUAUUCGUACCUCGAUAAUUACGAUCGCACAGGCGUACGACUUCUCUAUCGCACCUCGAGCUCCUGUCAUGGGUACUACAUCCGUCGAGUCGUUCUGCGUACGCAACCUCGUCCAAUUACUUCUCUCAGUGCACCAAAUCGAUAACGUCUUCGUAGUUGGCUCAAAGUAUAGAUACUUUGCGAUAUUCGCAGAUCAGAACACGCCUAGAUCGUCUUCGUUUUGUGCGCCGUUGUUGACUGGCCUCCUCCGUCAAGGAUUUGGAGCCGGUAGAUAUACCGCCGCAACGUUCGAUGACUUCGCGAAGUUCGCCCACGGAUUCAAUGAUCAACACCAUCAUCCUGUACACCAUCAACACUGGCUUUCCGCUCUGCAAAUCCUAAACUCACGGAAGGGACUCGCGAACGCCCAUGCGGACGCGUUCACCGUCCCUACCAUAGAUCUAUUGAAACCCAUCGGGCAGAGCACGACGAGCACCCACGGCGAGCACAUGUUCUUCUCGGGAGCCAUCCGUGUCAACGCGGAACGUUCCGACACGCUGGUUCUACGACCAGACGAUCGCACAUCGCGCGAGGAGGACUCGGCCGGACUCGAUGUUUAUCAGCUGCAGAACAUGAAGGCGUGA